UCUGCCCCAGGCCUGCCCCUGCUGCUGUGCUGUGUCCCCUGAGCUGGGGCCCUCGGCUGCCGGUGUCUGCUGGGAAGCCAAGGCUGGGAGCAACGGGAGCAUCUGCUGUGAGCCAUGGCUUUGCAGGAGGACACACAGGAGUGGGAUGCAAAGGCACAGCUCCUGGCAGAGGCACUCCACAAGGAAGGACUGGAUGCUGGAUACUGGCUGCCCAAAGUGACACAGAUCCUGGGAAUCAAGUGCAGAGAAGCCCUGCAACAUCUAGAAUAUGAAGACUACCUCAAGCUGGAGUGUGAGGCACAGCAUCCCUGGGAGAAAAAGGCACUCCAGAAACUCUUGAACAUAGCAGAUGACAAAAUGACCACUAAAGAGGUGCAGAACGAGAUCUUGGAGAAGACAAAGCAAAGACAAGAAGAGGCCAAACAAGCCCUGAAGAAUCUGACAGAAAUGCUCAAGUGUCGCAGCCACAGACAGGAUGUUCUGAGGGAGAAAGCAGAGACUCUGUGGCAAGCCAUGGAGAUUCCCAAAGAGUUCUGGCCACUGCCAAAGAAACCCUUGGCAGAUGUGCUGGAGAGCAUCCAGAAGCAGCUGGAGCAGCAGGAGCUGUCAGCAGGCAGUGGGAAGAACAUCCCUGACACGGAGGUGCUGAGGCGGGCGUCAGGGGGACUGGCCCUGCAGGGCAUCUACAGAACCAGCAGACCUGAAGAUGUGCUGGCAAAGCGAGAGCAGCUCCUCAGGGUUCCUGAGGGGUUCCAGCUCGCCGGUCCAGUGCAAAGAUCACUGCUUGAGAGGAAGGAGUUCUCCUCCUCUGCAGCAGAAUCCACUUUCACCAAGUCCAUGGAGCAGCUGGGGUUCAGCCUGAGUGUUUCUGCCAAAGCCUCAUUCUGGGGGAUUAAUCUGGGAGGGAGUGUAGAUCACAGCAGCUCCUCGCAGUCACAGGACACCCACCAGUCCCACUCUGAGCAGAGCUACUUUUGCACCACCAAGUACCUGUACAUCCCUCUGGCCUCCUGCUACUUCCAAAGGCAUCAGCUUCGCCUCUCGGAUGCAGCUCUACGGCACCUCCAAGACAUGGAGAAGCAGCUUUUGAGCUUCAGUCGGGAAGAAGACAACCCCAUCUUAGUGAAGAUGUGUGAGAGCUUCUUCAGCAUGUUUGGGACCCAUGUAAACCAGGGACCCCUCCACUUUGGGGGAAUAUUCUGGUGGAAGGCAUCUACAGAAGGAUUCCAAGCCGAGCAGCGGGAAGAGAUGAAGCGACAAACGUCUGAAGCAUUGAACAGUUUUGUCAGGAAGAGCUAUGGUGACUUCCUGGCUAGUGUUGCAGGUGCCCUGGAUGUUUCCAAAUCCAGCUCAAAGGCAUCUGUCUCGGGUAGAGCCAGACAGAGAUCUCAUACAGAAAUUCAACUCUACGUGAUCAACACAGGGGGUCCAGCAGACACAGCUUCCCUUCCUCAGUGGAAAACGGGGCUCGUGUCUGAUAACACAACAUGGUGCGUUAUCGACCGUGGCUUUCAGCUGAUCCCAGUGUGGGACGUCAUCCUGUGCAAUCACUGUGAGGAUUUUAAGUCUGUUGGUCAGAUGAGCAGAACCCUCAGGGCUGGGUACAAAGCGCUGACGAAUCAGAGCAUUGGCACUGUUUUUGGGGAGGAACUGGGCAGUGCAGUGCAAGAGGCCAGAGAUUUCAUGGGGACUGUGAAGGCCUGGGAGGCGACAAAAGUUGAUGAAAACAAGCUGCUCAUGCUGAUGGAUCUUAAAGAUGAUCUGAGUGCAAAAACCAGGAACCCCAGUGUAUGGAUCAACGUGUGCUUGUCAGACAAAGCCCUGCAGGACUUCCUGGUGAACACUGUGCGGAGCUGCCAAGAGUCACGUCAUGAAAACACCACCUCUAUCAAGGUAAGGUUGAGGAAUCUCCUGAAUCCUCAUAUCUACUCUGUCAAGGACUUCCCUGAGGCUUCCUUCAUUAUGCAAUGGGUCUUCCAGACUGAACACCCACUUCCCAGAUCUCCCAAAGUCUCUGAGCUUCAAGAGCUCAUCAAAACACUGCAGCAAAUGAAAGAGCACAUCCAUGCUGUCACCUACGCACCAGGAAGCUCUGCUUCUGAUGUUCAUGAAGCAAAGAUAAAAGCCACCCAGACCAGCAGCCAGGCCAUUUAUUCCUUACUCCAGUCUCUCCAGGAACAGGCUCAGAAGGACCUGGAGCUGUUGGUGCUCUUGAUUGUGACCAGCACGGGGUACCAGGUGGAAAGCAGCACUUUUCAGCACCUUCUUGGACACCCAGAAAUUCACUACAUGGUCAAGGAAAUGGAAGCGGCACAUGCAGAGUACAUGAACCUGAAGGAGCAAGAUGCCGACAGAGCUGAGGCCUUCAUCCUGCUGACGGGUCUGACUGUGACACCUGAAAGUCAAAAGCUGUCCCCUGAGCAGAAGAGGGAGCGUUUGGUUUUCAUGGAAGAUCACAUGAAAGGCUUGUGGUCCACACAGAUAAGGAAUCUCCUCCAAAAGCACAGAGGAGACGAAGACUGGGAGAGGCUGGAAUGGGACUUGGACUCUUUGAUCAGUGGUGGCUUGGAUGACAAAUGGGAUGAACAGAGGAUGCAAAAUAUUCUCAGAGACCUGGAAUGCACUUUUUCAAAACCAGAGCCCCCCAGUCAAUCCCAAUCCAAGUCAGACAGCAGCAAAUCCAAUGAAAAUGAAGCCAUUGCAAACCAGGAGUUCCUCCAGCUGCUCAAGCGCCUUGGACUGGAAAGUCACUAUCCCAGGAAAAUGGGGAUGGGAGAUUUUCACAUCAUCUGCAAGACGUCUCUGCAGGACAGCCAGCCCAGCCAGGACAAGGAGCUGCCAUUAUACUUCUUGCAAAAGCUGUUGACUGUGGAUUACCAGGUGAGGUACCUGACUUGCUGGGACCAGAGUAACACAGGCCUUGCACCUGUGCCACAAACCAGAGACCAAGAACACCAACAAUCAGACACCUUUGAACAGUUUUUUGAUGAUUUGAUGGAAGCCUCCCCUGAACCUGCAAAAAGGGGCAGCCAUGUGCACCCCAUGGACCUGCAGAUGGCCAUUUUCCAUUGUGCUGAUGACUUCCUGAGACAGACCCUGGCAACCAAGCUGGCGUUCUGCCAACUGGCGCUGCCUCUGCUGGUGCCCAACCCGAGCACUUCACACAUUGAGUUCCCGCUCUACUCCCUCAGCCAAAUCCAAAGGAGCUGGAAAGAGGUGGACAAGUCAGGAAAGCAGGCCCAAACAAAGAGUUACAAUAACAAACUCAUCUUUCAGACACAGACACCCAUUGUGUCCUUCAUCCGCAUUGGCAGCUCGGCCUCCUCUUCCAAGUCCCAGCUCCUGAAUGCUCUGCUCAGCAAACGCAAACACGACACUUUCUUCCACCGCCACUGCAGAGGCAGCACCAGAGAGCGUUUGCUGAUGGAAGGGCUGGUGGAGAUCGCCUGGUACUGCCCUGGUGGAAGCCCAGAUGACACCUUUGAGCGCUGCGUGGCUUUCUGUAACCUGCAUGGAGACGCCAGGGAUCACGGAGCACAGCUGCAGUUCCUGCAGGAGAUAUCUGCUGUCAACGUGGCUCUUGUAUCUGAGUUGGAGCACAUGGACAACAGGGGGAAAAAGCUUCUGCAGGACCUGUGGCAGUCACAAAGGCCUUUGAUUUGUCUUCUCACGGAAAAAGAGAACAUUGCAGCUGGACAAGCCAGCAAAACCAUAAAAAUAGGGAUCAAGAACAGAAAUGAAGCAGAACUGAUGGAGGAGCUGACCAAGACAAUUGUGCAUCUCCUGGAAGGGUCUAAUCCAUGUUUCAGCCUGGAGGCCUGCGCGGACAAAGCUCGCCAGCACGGAUUCAUAGUGGAUGCAGAUCGAGCUGCGUGUGUGACAGCCAAAGCAAAGGCAAAGGAGCUGGUGGAGCUUCUGAAGAAACAGAAGCUGUCUGCGAUCAAAUCCCAGCUGCUGCCACUUCAAGGAAAACUGUGGGACCAAUGGUGCCAAAAGGACAAAGAACUCACUCGCUUGCAGGAGAAGGGGAACAAGAGCAUUGAGCAUCAUCGGAGCCAAAUUGAAUAUGAGAAGAAAGCAAUAAGAAGAAAACAACUUGACAAAGCUUUCCCUCUCAACACACUGAUGGAACAAUUUCUUAGCUUUCUCCACGCUCAGCCAGCAGAUACCAAGAAAUACUUCCUGCAGUGGAUGAAGGUCUUUAUGGAUGAGAUGUCCUAUGCUUGCCUUGAAGAACUGAGGACUUUUUAUCACAAGUUAUGGUCUAAACUCCUGACAGAAAAGAAAAAACAGGGAAAAAAAAGUCUGGACACUGAUUUGCUCAAUUCUGUCUCUGAUGAACUCAACUAUUCAUCCAUUGGCCUGGAGCACCUUCUGAGAGAGGUAGGGCAGAUUUAUGAAGCUCUGCAAUUAAUGCACUGCAAGAAUGACAGUUUUUGCAAAUUGCCAGAAAUUGCAGCAGAGCUGAUGGUUUCAGGGUACCCCGUGGAGCUGAUGGAUGGGGACGCUUCUUACCUGCCCUUGUGCUGGGUGGGAGCAAUCUUUGACAGCUUAAUUGAGAGGCUGGGGGACAAACGAGUGUUUGUGCUCUCCGUGCUCGGCAUCCAGAGCACGGGCAAGUCCACCCUGCUGAAUGCCAUGUUUGGUCUGCAGUUCAACGUCAGCGCAGGCAGAUGCACCCGCGGAGCCUUCAUGCAGCUCAUCCCAGUGGGCGAGGAGCUGCAGCAAGACUUGGGCUUUGAUUUUGUGCUGGUGGUUGACACAGAGGGACUCCGUGCCAUGAAGAUGGCCAAUAAACAGUCCCUGAACCACGACAACAAGCUGGCCACCUUUGUCAUUGGUGUUGGCAACAUGACUGUGAUCAAUAUCUUUGGAGAAAAUCCGUCAGAAAUGCAAGAUGUUCUCCAGAUCGCUGUGCAGGCUUUCCUGAGGAUGAAGAAAGUCAAUCUUUCCCCAAGCUGCCUCUUUGUCCACCAAAACGUGGGAGAAGCAACUGCCAAGGAGCAGAACAUGGAAGGACGAAGGUGUUUGCAGGAAACACUUGAUCAAAUGACCGUGGUAGCUGCUCAGCAAGAAUUCAGUGACAUCUCUUCUUUCAGUGAUGUCAUUGGCUUUGAUGUGAACACCCACAUUCACUACUUUGCUCAUCUGUGGGAAGGAAAUCCCCCAAUGGCACCACCCAACCCCAAAUACAGCCAGAACGUCCAACAACUCAAGAGCAAAAUCCUCCAGGCUGCCAAGAGGCAGUCACAGCACAGCAUUUUGAGGCUCUCAAGCCUGAAAGAUCGUGUUGGUGACCUCUGGAAUGCUUUGCGGAAUGAAAACUUUGUGUUCAGCUUCAAGAAUUCCCUGGAGAUUGCUGUAUACAGGAGACUGGAAAGUGCCUUUAGUCAGUGGAGCUGGAGGCUGAGGAGUCACAUCUUAGAUGUACAGAUGAGACUGGACAACAAAAUUCGGAAUGGGGACUUGCAGAAUGUCACCAGACAGCACCUUGAAGGGCUGGUGCAAGAGACAAGUGAUGCCAUUGAGAAAGAAGUGGAAACGUAUUUCAGGGAAGACAAAGACCAUGAGACACUGGUCCAGUGGAAAUCAAGCACAAAGCUGAAGCUGAAAGAACUCAAAGAGACUCUUCUUCAUGAAACAAAAAAGAAAUGUGAGAAUCUUAUUGAGCUACAGAACGAGCAGAGGAAACUGGAUGCAAGGAAGUUGGACUAUGAAGAUGAGCUCCUGAGAAGGAGUCAGGAGCUGGCUGUGACUCUGAAAGGGCAGAGCCUCAGUGAGAGAGAACUGAAGGACAACUUUACUCGUGUCUGGAAUAAGUGGAUUACCGAAGUCUCCCGUGCUGCUCCUCCUCCAGAACAGGUGAAUAUUGAUGUGGAAAUUCAAGAUGUCCUUCUAGAGCACUUUAAUGAGCCAGGUUUCCAUGAAUACAUCACAUCAUUUUCCAGAGGGAGAGUGUUUUCUUUUGAUCCAGAGAAACACAUCAUGAAGAAAAAGUACUUACACUAUAUCUCAGAUCCCAGGAGCUUUUUCAAUGUUGGUGUGAUCAAAUUUCAGCACAUCACCGACAACAUCAUAGAGUGUGUGAAGGCAAACAUUGCUAAGAAGGAAGAGGAGAAACGCGAUUACAGUCAAAAUUUUAUUCAUGAAAUACUCCAUGAAGUACAGAAAGGUGUCAACUCUGUCCCCAGCAAUGCAACCUGUUCUUUUAACAGAGAGUACAGCAUAGAUUUGUCUCUAUAUCUGUGCAGAAUGGCAGCAGAAAGGUUUAAAGCCAUGCACGAAGCAUUCCGAAAGGCAAAUGACCCAGUUGUGUACCUGAGCAGCAAGAGAGAAGAUUUCUUCCAAUGUUUCCAGAUUUCCUGCCAAGGAGCCACUUCUGUCACAACUUUUGCUGGUUUCCUUUGUGACAAGAUUGAACCAGCUCUUCGCCGGGCAGUCUAUGAGAGGACAGCUAAAGCCAUUGCUGAGGACAUGCAGGAAAAACUCCCAGAUUUCAGGGGCAGCAGAGCCAAUCUGGAAGUUUACAUCCUGAGAUACCUGGCAGAACAGGAAAAUUUUGAGUAUUUCAAGGAGUACCUUAUGUCUCCAAAAGAGUUUUGUCAGAGUUACAUUGAGACACGAGUUAGGAGUCACUGUUUAGAUGGGGCUAAGAGGCUGAGUACGUUUUUAGGUUCCUCCUUUGAUCUUCUCUAUCAAAAAACCUGGUCAGCUGUUUCAUCAUCAACUCAAGCUGUCAAAGACAGAAAAGACAGAGAAGACAAAAUCUCUCUCUGGCUGGAUGAAUUUUGCAGGGAACUGUCUGAGGUGAUCAACUUGCCCAGAAGUGACCUGAAGGGCAUUGAGCACCAGGAGGUCACAGACAUUGAGUUCCUCAGCAGUGCCAUGGCAAAACCUCUGAAUAACAUGAAGGACAGGUUCAUGGAAGAAUUUUCAGAUGCUGACCUGAGCUCAUUUCCAAGGCAGCCUCACACCAUCCUGGCAGAGCAUUUUUCAGGGUGCUGGGCACAGUGUCCCUUUUGUGGGGCUGUCUGCACAAACACCAUGCGGAAUCACGAUGGAGACCAUCAGGUGGUCUUCCAUCGCCCACGAGCUUUGAUAGGAGCCACAUGGUGGAGAAAUUUAUGGGUUUACAACUAUGAUACACAACAACUGGUCAUUGACAUUUGUUCCACCCUUGUUGCAAGUUAUUCCAAAUUCGAAAUUGAUGGUGGCCAAUGGAUUCCCUUCAAGAGAUAUCGGGAUGCUGGACCUCCUUUUUCCACUUGGAACAUUCUUCCUGAUUCAUCCAUGCACUCAUACUGGAAAUGGUUUGUGUCUCAUUUCAGGACACAGCUGGAAGUUUUGUAUAAUGGGAAAUUUCAGGGCAAAGGAAAAAUCCCUGAGGCAUGGGAGAGAAUUACGAAGCAGGAAGCACUGUCCGAGUUGGAGAAGCGUUAGGCCACAUCCUUGGGGAGGAAGAACCACAACAGCUUUGUAGUUUAGGAGAACUUUGUACCAGGCUCU